AUGGCUGCAUUUGAAAACGCAAAUCUGCCCAUAACGAAAUUAACUGCAAUAGCCACGGAUGGAGCACCAGCCAUGAUGGGAUCUGUGAACGGGCUUGUGGGGCUGUGCAAAGCUGACCAAACUAUUCCUGACUUUUGGAAUUUCCACUGCAUCGUCCACAUGGAGCAACUCGUGUCUAAAUCAUUGAAUUUAGAUAACAUCAUGAAGCCUGUGAUGGAAAUCGUCAACUAUAUCCGCACACAUGCGCUUAACCACAGGCAAUUCAAGAAUCUCAUCGCUGAGCUGGACCAAGGGCUUCCAGGUGACCUGCCGCUGCACUGCACUGUGAGGUGGCUGUCAAAAGGCCAGGUACUCUCUCGCUUCUAUGAGCUUUUGGAUGCCAUGAAACUGUUUAUGGAAGAGAAGGACAAGGACUAUCCCGAGCUCUCGGACCUCAAGUGGAUUAUGGAUCUGGCCUUUUUGGUCGACAUGAUGUGUCACUUGGACAGACUGAACCUGACCCUGCAGGUUUCAGUAGUGUACGUGCUGGCCUUCUGUCUAGUGGAAAGGUUACAAGUUUUAGCUGAAGAGUUGCUGGUCCAGACGGACCACCCUGCUUCAUCUGUGUGUUUCCCUGCUGUCAACCACCGUCUGUUUCUGCUCGCUGUUAUUCAUGUUCAGUUAUUAAAGUCCUGGCUCGUAGUAAUAAUUUUCCUCAUGUUUUUCUUCCCUUCAGACUUGACAUGGUCUUCGUGCUCCUUUGUACAGACGUUACCUGGAUUUCCCUACUUGGAGUCUGGUAUCUUCAGUAUGAAUAAAAGUGAAAAAAAAAGAAAUAAGGAUCCAUUAGAUGUUUCUGAAGAAAUCUACACAAUGAAAGGCAGUCAGAGUGAAUCGGAAAUACUACUCCAAAGACUUAACCUUCAAGACAAACAUCAACAGAAGAUGUCACCAGCAGACUUUCUUGAAAUAGGUCCGCCUGUGAAACAGGGCCAUGACACAUCUGAGAGAGAUUUAGCUCACACUUUUCUUCAGAGGUUGUUAAUGUUAGAUUACAGAGCCAGAUAUAUUCCUGUAAGACAAGACAAUUCUGAUGUGAGCCAUUCACAGUGGGUUGAAAUGGGUGACAAUGCCACAAAUGAUGAUGACUUAGCUGCUCUUUUUAGUGAAAGCGUAGACUCUGAUGAAUCAAAAGACUUUCAUCUACAUCCAAUGGAUGUUCAGAUGGCAGUAUUUCACUGCUCAGACAGCUUUCUGAAGCAGAACCUGGUUACAAAGCUAUCACAGUGUCAGUAUGCCUUACCUUUGCUUGUCCCUGACCCAGUCACAAAAGAUAUUGAGUGUCCUUUGUGGACAUUCAGGCAGAUAAAAAAAACAUGGAAGAAGACAGAAAUCAAGGAUAAUUCAAAUGUUGUCACUAUGAAGAGUAUGCCAGUCUGGAAAGCUGAAACACCAAUGGUGUCAUUCUUCUGCCUGGGGCCAUUGUCUGUGUCUAAAUCUCAGCUCAUGAAUACCAUGAUCAACGAUCGCCACAGCACUUUCUUCCACAGGAACUGCCCAGGUAGCACCAAAUCUCGCCAUCUGAUGGAUGGUAUGGCAGAGAUUGCCUGGUACUGCCCUGCUGGAAAACCCAAUGACUCCUUCACUGACUGCAUAGCCUUCUGUAAUCUUCAUGGUGAUGCUCUGUCAUUUGAAAAACAGCGUGAGAUACUGACUGAAAAAUCAUCAGUUAAUGUUGUUCUUGUGCCAACUCUGAAAAAAAACACGACAACUACCAAAAUAAUCGAAGACCUUUUUAAGUCACCAAAGUUGCUCAUUAUUCUCAUUGCUGACAAUGAUUGUCGUGCAUUUCAAGUUAAAAAGAGAAAAUACAAAGUGGGUCUGAAAGACCGAAGCCAGUCAGAUGUUUCUGAAGAACUGAAAGGAAUUAUCAGACAAAUUUUAUAUGAACCUCAUACAUCCUUCCAGCUUGAAUCCAUGGCCAAAGUCCCUGAAGUCACAGUGGAUGAAGAUGAUACAGUCUGUGAAAAAGGGAAAUCUGCUGCAAUGAAAAUGGUUAAUAUGGUUCAAGGGAUGGAAACUUCAAAGAUCAAAGAUACUUUUCUCCCUUGUCAAGGCGAAUUCUGGCAUGAGUGGUGUAAAAUAAAUAAAGAACUGUAUCACCUUAAAGGACACAUUGAGCAGGAAAAACAGGAGAAACAAAAGCAGCUAAUGCAAAUACGAAAAAAUCAGUGCAAAGCUUCAUGUAGUGAAAUGAUGAAGUCAUUCACAGAAAGCCUUUUGUCUUUGCCUUCGAAAGAGAAGGAGUAUUUCCUGAAAUGGUCUCAGAUCUUAAUAGAUACCCUUACGACAGAUGAUCUUACUUCAAUUCUUCAAAACUAUGAUGAAACGUGGACUAAGGUUUUGACUCUGAAAAAGAAACACGACAAAUCUGAUAUGUUAAAAAGCAAACAAACUGAGCUUGAAGAAAUAUCCAAAACACUGCAGUCCGCAACCUUUGGCUUGGAGCACAUCUUUAGAGAAAUGGGACAGAUUUAUGAAGCCCAUAGGGCAGUACAAGCAGAGGGUGGACACACUGACUGGGUUAAAUACCCUGAAUUGGCUGCAGAAUUGAUGAUUUCAGGACAUCCAGUGGAGCUGAUGGAUGGUGAUGCAGGUCAUGUCCCGUUAACAUGGAUCUCUAGUAUUUUAGAUGAAAUCAUCAAGAAACUAGGUGACCAGAGAGUUUUUGUGUUGUCAGUUUUGGGCAUACAAAGCAGUGGAAAAUCAACAAUGCUUAAUGCCAUGUUUGGACUACAGUUUGCAGUGGGUGCAGGCAGGUGCACCAAAGGUGCCUUCAUGCAGCUGGUCAAAGUGUCAGAGGAUAUCAAGGAAGACUUCCAGUUUGACUGUGUUCUAGUGGUGGACACUGAAGGACUUCGUGCUCUUGAGCUGGAAAGUAAUGCUACUCUUCAUCACGAUAAUGAACUGGCAACAUUUGUUGUUGGCCUGGGAAACAUGACACUGAUCAACAUCUUUGGUGAGAAUCCAGCUGACAUGCAGGAUGUCCUACAGAUUGUUGUUCAGGCUUUCAUGAGAAUGAAGAAAGUUAAACUUUCUCCGAGUUGUGUGUUUGUUCACCAGAAUGUAACAGAUAUCGCAGCUGCUGAGAAAAUCAUGGAUGGGAAAAGACGCUUGCAAGAAAAACUGGAUCAGAUGGCUCAGUUAGCUGCCAAAGAGGAAGUGUGUGAUGCUGAGUGCUUCAGUGAUGUCAUUGCCUUUGAUGUGCAAACAGAUGUUAAAUACUUUGCCCAGCUAUGGGAGGGAAGUCCACCGAUGGCGCCUCCAAAUCCAGGCUACAGCGAGAGCAUCCAAGAGCUCAAAAACAUCAUCCUGUCUAAAGCUAGAAAGUCUGCUGGGAUCACUCUCACACAUUUCAAAAUCAAAAUUCGUGACUUGUGGAAUGCCCUGAUAAAUGAAAACUUUGUUUUCAGCUUCAAAAACACAUUGGAAAUUGCAGUUUACAGAAAACUUGAGACUCAGUAUGGGAACUGGACCUGGGCCCUGAGGAGCAACAUGCUGACUAUUGAAAACCAGCUUCACACCAAAAUUGAAAAUGGAGAACUUGAAAAAGUUGAACGCUCUGAUCUUUUCAAAGAAAUGGGCAACACAUAUGAAGCUAUUAAAAAUAAGUUGGUGAGAUACUUUGAGGAUGACAAAGACAAAGAAAUGUUGGUUCAGUGGAGAGGCCGAUUUGAAAACAAAAUAAAGGAAUUCCAAGAGGAACUCGUGAGAGGAGUGACAAAAAAACUAGAUGAAGUUAUCCAACAGAAGAAAGCUUGUAAAAAGCUGGACAAUAGGAAGAAAGAGUUUGAGAACAAGCUGCUACAAAAGAGCAAAGAGCUUGCUCAUCAGUUAAAAGACAAAGCAAAAGAUGAUGAGAAACUUCAAAUACAGUUCAACAGCUUUUGGAGUGAUUUGGUUGAAGAAUUAAUUGCAGAUACAAAACCCAUUGAGGAUAUUAAUCUGGAAGAUGAUCAAGCAAAUAUUCUGAAUGACCUUGGUUUUGAAUGGGAUCUUAUAUUUAGCUCCAAAAGUAGUUGCAAAUACAAAACGAUGUCCAAGGUCGGUGAUUACUCUGAAUAUAUUUUAUUCAGCAAGCAGCAAGACAAAACAGAGAAAAGGAAAGUCAAAAACCUACUUAAAAAAUUUGAAGCUCUGGCUGCUAAAGAAUCUUUCCAAUUUGAAGAUAAACAGUUGAUCAGAGCCCUCAUCAGUAAUGUUGAAAAAGAAUCGCUUAAUAUAGUCGAGAGCAAACCUGUAACAACAAGAGGCUACAGUCCGACUUACUUACAAGAAGUGGCCAAAAAUGUUCAAGAGAAAAUCACAGAGUUCAAAUCAAACAAGAAAUAUGGUUUCAAAAAGGAGUUCACGGUUGAUCUCUUGCUAUAUAUAUUUGACAAGGCAUCCAUUUGGCUUUCAGAAUCCUACAAAAAAUAUAAAAUGAAAAAUGAUGCCCUCACUUAUUUGGAGACUAAGAAAAUGCAAUAUUAUAACAUUUUCAGAAGCUUCUGCAAAGGAAACCAGUCUGCUGUUGUGUUUGGAGAAAUGAUCCGUGAAAAACUGGAAGUCUCCAUUGUUGAGGCACUCUGCAAUAAGACUGCCAUUGAUCUCGCUGGAGAGAUGAGGUGCACUUUCCCAGCAUUCAGUGGGAACAGACUGAAUUUGGAGAAACAUUUGUUGAAGUCACUUGCAGAGAAAGAGGACUUUGAGGGAUUUGUCACUUACAUCCGAAAUCCAAGGAAGAAAGUAAAGGCUUUUAUUGAAGAGAAAGUAAAUGAACAUAUGACAGGAGAACACAAAAGUAAAGCACUGAAUAUACUCAGGCAAAAUGUGGAAAACAUGGAUGAGUUUGUCCAUCAAGCUUUAUUUGAUGCAACAAAUAAAAUCAAAACCCAGAAAGGAGACAUAGACAUGUGGGUAGAGGAUUUUUCCAGUAUCCUUAAAGAUAAACUGACUCUUGAAUCUAUCUCUAGUCAAAACUUCAUGGACAUAAACAAUUUUGACUUUCUUAAAGAAGAGAUUGAGAAAGGCCUUAUAUCCAUCAAAAAGGAGAUGAAUCAGCUUUCCUUGGAUAAGAUGAAGGAAUUCAGAAUGAAGCCUGAUCAAAUCCUCGUUGAUCAGCUGUGUAACUGCUGCUGGGAAACCUGCCCGUUCUGUGGAGCAGUUUGUACCAACACUAUUAAAGAUCACCUUCCAGAUGACCACAGUGUUCCCUUUCAUCGAUCUUCUGCAGUUAUUGGUUGGCACCGCAGAAAUGAUGACCUAAUGAGCAUUGAAUUCUGCACAACAAAGGUUGCAAGUGACAGAGGGUUUCACCCUAAUCAAGAUACAAAUGAAACUAUUCCUUAUAAAAAGUACAGAACUGCCGGGCCAAGGUUUGCUAACUGGAGCAUUACCGCUGAUGAGUCUAAGCUGAAAUACUGGAUAUGGUUUGUGUGUCGAUUUGAGGAGGAACUGGAAAACUACUAUGGUUUAAAAUUCACAGGACGUGGUGAGAUUCCCAGUGAGUGGAAGAACCACACAAAAGAAGAGGCUAUUCAAAGUCUGGAUGAAAUGUUCAAUACCAACUAUGAGUGAAUCAAAACGGUUCCAACUGCUGAAAAUCACAACAUCUCAAAAAUUAAACCCUAUAAAGUGACGGUCACAUAAUUUUACUGAUUUAAUUUUGUUAUGUGGGCAGUCAAUAGGUGAUUAGAAUGGUACACAGAAACCUGCUUUACUGAAAGGAAUGCUCACACAGACCACAAUAGUCAUUUUGAGAAUUUACAUUAGACAGAAAUAAAGGUAAACAUAUCAAGGUUGCUAUUAAAUCAUGGUAUCACCGCCAAAGGAAUUCUGCAUUAGGAAACAGUUUUCAUAAAGGAGAAUUUUGUUUUUUGGAUAUUUUUUAAAGAGAAGUGACUGUGUUAGAAAUAUUUUGUGAUAUGAAUCAGAAGUUCUUUCUAUAUAACUAUAUGUUAUGUAUUCUGGCCAAAUUGACAUUUUGAUGAUAAGGUGUGUAAGGUUUGUUUCUUUGAUAAAUUGUGCAUCUAUUUCUACAAACCCAAUUCAGAAAGUUGGAAGGCUACAUAGAUGAAAAAAGAAUGCAAUUGAUUGCAAAUUUCAUGAAAUGAUGUUUUAUUCAUAAAAGAACAUAGAACUCAUAUCAAAUGUUCAAACUGAGCUGUUUUACUAUUUCAUGAAAAAAAAAUAGCUCAUUCUAAAUUUGAUGGCAGCAAUCUGGCUAAAAAAUGAAAGUUGGGACAGGGCUGUUUACCACUGUGUUGCAUCCCCUCUUCUUUUAAAAACAGUUAAAAACAUAUGGGAUGUGAAACCAACUGCUGGAAUUUUGGGAGAGCAAUGUUUUCCCAAUCCUGUCUGAUAAGAGAAUGACGUUGCUUGACAGUCUUCUGUUCUUUUGUAUUUUUCAUUUCAUGAUGAGCCAAAAUGUUUUUAGUUGGUGAAAGGUCUGGAAUGCAGUCCAAUACUGGACUUUUCUAUUACAAAGUCAUGCUGUUUGCUAUUGUAAAUGAUGUAGUAUAGAAUUUAGCAUUGUCUUGCUGAAAUUUGGCCUUCCAAGAAAAAGACAUUGUCUAAAUGGCAGGAUAUUUUGCUUUAAAACCCUUAUAUAUCUUUCAAGACUGAUAGUGCCUUUCCAGAUUUUCAAGCUGUCAAUUCCAAAGGCUAUAAUGCACUCCCACGGUAUCAGAGACUGUAUUGCAGAUGAUGAGAUGAUGUAUCAUUUAAAUGCUUAAAACAAGAAACAUUGUUCUGAAAUUGUUACACAAUCUAUAUACACAGCAUUUGCUGACUUGUGUCAGUCUCUCCCCAUAUUCUGAGAAAAUAAGCCACUCUAAGAUUCUCGUGUUUUACCCAUGUUACUGAACUGUUGCCAGUUAACCCUAAUUAGUUGCAAAAUGUUUCUUUUAAGUACAACUUAAUUUUAAAACCCUUUUUGCCCCAUUCCCAACUUUUGUGAGAGAUGUUACUGCAGUAAAAUUUAAAGUAAGCCAAUCAGUUUUAUUAAAAUUCUACAUUUUGUCAGUUUAGAGGAUCUACAAAUGAUUGGAUUCUGUUUUAUUUACAUUCUGCUUUUAUUUACAUUUGUCCAUCAUCCAAACCUGUUCAGAUUUGAGGCCAUACAUCAUAUCAAAAUAAUAUUGUCUGUACUGUCAUUUAUUUUAUUAUGUGCAUUAUAAGUAAUCAUUGAAUCCCUUUAACACACACACACACAGCAAUUGAGACAUAUUUUACGAUUCUGAUGAAUUUUAACUGUAAUAAAAUUGCUUGUUGAAAUCCAUGUUGAAUCUAUUGAAUUUUAAUUUUAUAUAUAUAUUUAUUUUUUCAAUCUUAUAAUUUUUUGAAGUGUCAAUCAGUGACAAGAGUAAACUUUACUAAUGAUAAUAAAGAUGUUUUUUCAUGACCAUACACACACCCUUUACCUUUUAACCACAAAGCUCUAAGUCUGAUCAUUCCAGUUGUUGAGCAAAUUAAAAAACAAAGAAAGAA